AUGCCUCUCAAGACCCUCCCUGACACGCCAAGGGCUAGCUUCCUAGGUCUUCCCUUGGAAAUGCGCCAGCAAAUCUACCUGGAAUACUUCACCAUCGAAGGGGGAUACGUCUACGACUCCGCAACCGACAAGAUCGUGCAGGCAAAUCAUUGUCCAAUUGACUUAUCACUACGGCAAGUCUGCCGCACGAUUGCACACGAGACAUACGAUUAUCCUUUCACACUCAACACCAUCACAUUCUCCACAGCUUACAGACGGGAUUGGAGAAAGAAGGCGGCGGCGCUUGACUUCAUUCUAUCCUACCACUGUCUUAUUAUUGAUGCCAUGCUUGCUCGCCUCAGACACUACUUGACUCCAGAUAUGUAUGACACACCUAGCCAGCAAGACUCUAGAUACAUGCCCGACAUCAAAAAGAGAUUAUCAGACAUAAUCGCCUUUGAGCGCCGCCAACCCGAUCGCAAUAUUCAUGUAAACACGGACUGUUUAUUAAACGACUUCAAGAAACGUUGGGGAAAUAUAGAUAAUUGUGGCGACCUGACAAAGAUAUCUAUGCAUCACAACAAUAUUUCGAGGAACCGUGCCUAUACCAAUCUGCUGAGGCAAAUUGCAAGCAAACACCCUCAAAAGUUCAGAGAGGCUAUUGAUGAUCUUCUACCAGGGUGGGCUAAGUCCAAAUCAAGCCCAACUUCAGACUUCUUCCAUCUUGGUUUCGAGUUCUGGGCAAUACCUUCCUUGCCCGAAAUCACAGAUAUGGUGGAGCGGUUUGGUUUGGGAGAAAGAUGGGAUAAUUUAGACCCAUGGCGCUACAGCGAAUAUGACAAAGAGGGCUACACUGGCACUAUGUACUGCUACCAGCGCAAGCAUUUCUUUUCAGCUGCAGCCUUAGCCAUCCGCUUCCUGAAAAGCAUCUCACAAACUCAGCGCCUCCUCAUCACCAAGUUGACUCUGAACGAGGAUAGAAUGGCCGUUGGAAAUCCCGAGUGUCAUACAAUUGGUUUUAUACCCUUUAUCAAGGAAAACCCCAAGCUAUUCGUUAAGCAACGGGUUAGCCUCUGGCGAAAUAUUUUCCCCAGGGGCUGCGCAACAGAGCUAAGCUGUUUUCCCACGGCCAACGAGUCCAUCAUUGAACCCGAUGAGGGUAUCCCGGGUCCACAUCAAGUGCACUAUCAAUGGGCAAGCAGGAUCAUUUCCAUUUUCAUCAUGCAUACCCUGGAGGCGCUGAAAGAAGGCUUGCCACCGAAUUCAUACUCCCUUAUCCUCGAUGGAGAACCUGAGAUGAACCAUGCAACGGAAACUUUCCGAUAUCUCAUGGAUCGCAAGAUUGCCUGGAUGACCGCAAAUACCGAUUGUGUGGCCCAGGGAGUCCUCGCAUCACCAAAAAGCCAGAAUUACCCGCUUCAAACCUGCUCCUCUACAAGCGAACCUGUUGUUGUCCAUGACAGAGAUUCGAUCAUACAGUGCAAUUUCACCCUGGACCAGCCCUGGAACUACAAUGCUAUUGCGGGGGACAACGGCAAAACAAUUAAGGGUUGGAAAUCGGUCAACGCUGUCGAGCGAGAUUAUGGCGAUGAUCAGGAUGGCUUGUUCGAUGUCUCGAAUGGUAAGGUAGAUUGGAUGCAAAUCAAGGGCGAGUAUUUUGAAAUGAAACCUCGCUCUGACUUAUCGGAAGGGGAAAUCAAGGCUCUUAAAUCUGGUGGUUUACGUGAAUAA